GAUGCAUGGUGGAGCCAAAAGUAGACAGUAUUGCCGGAAUGACGGGGCCAGUUGGCCCGGAGGUCAUUGGCCGGCUGUGAUGCCAUCUGCCACUAAAUCCGAUCAUUGAUCCACCGCCCACGAGGCGCGACUUUGCUUUUGCGCUGCGUCCAGGUUCACACACACACUCUCUCUGUGCAGCUCCAGACUGACUAGUUUAUUCUACCUACUGGUCUGAUCGGCUCCAUCAGAGCUAUGGCGUUAUCCCGUGCCGUUGCUGCGCCAUCGCUAUCUUGAUCGCGAGCUCAAACUCACUUCUUGUUUUAAUAGUGUUCUUGGUGACUGAGUGUCGGUGAGUAACAACCACAUCGUGCAGAGGGAAAUUCAUCCAGAAAUUGGAUUGUUGCUCCUGCCAUGAUGUUCUUGCCGGCUUUGUUGGCCCUGCUCGUCGGAUGCGACGCCCUCGCUGUACAGCAGCAGGUAUUGCUGGAUGAUGAGCCGUCGGUCUCUGCGCGCAAGCCCAACUUCCUCUUCAUCCUCACGGAUGAUCAGGACCUGCGGAUGAAUAGCCCGGCGUAUAUGCCGUAUACGCAGGCGAGAAUCAAGGAGAAGGGUACCGAGUUCUUGAAUCAUUUCGUCACUACUGCGCUUUGCUGUCCGUCGCGCGUGAGUCUUUGGACGGGAAGACAGGCUCAUAAUACUAAUGUGACGGAUGUGAACCCGCCUUAUGGCGGAUACCCCAAAUUUGUCGCCCAAGGCUUCAACGAAAACUUCCUCCCUGUUUGGCUGCAGUCCGCCGGUUACAAUACCUUCUACACGGGGAAACUGUUCAACUCGCACAGCGUCGCUACCUAUAACGCACCGUUUGUGAACGGCUUCAAUGGCUCCGAUUUCCUUCUUGACCCCCACACCUAUUCUUACUGGAACGCGACGUACCAGCGAAACCAUGAGCCUCCGCAGAGCUACGAGGGACAAUACACAACAGAUGUUAUGAGGGAGAAGGCAUCGGGGCUGUUGGCAGAUGCGCUGGAAACUGACGCGCCGUUCUUCCUGACGGUCGCGCCGAUCGCGCCGCACACGAACAUCGAUGUGGAAGGACUGAGUGGCUCUGGUGGUCCGAAAAUGACGGAGCCGCUGCCUGCACCGAGACAUGCGCAUUUGUUUGCUGAUGCGAAGGUGCCGCGGACGCCUAACUUCAAUCCGGACAAGGAUUCCGGUGCGGGGUGGAUCCAAACCAUGGAACUUCAGAACCAGACCGUCAUCGACUACGAAGACCAUCUUUAUCGCCAGCGCCUUCGCGCAUUGCAAGCUGUUGAUGAGAUGGUGGACUCGCUGAUCACUCAGCUGGAAGAAAGCGGGCAGAUCGACAAUACCUACAUCAUCUACAGCGCUGAUAACGGCUACCACAUUGGCCAUCAUCGUCUGCCUCCGGGCAAAACGACCGGCUAUGAGGAGGACAUUCGAGUCCCGUUCUACAUUCGCGGCCCUGGCAUUCCUGAAGGAAAGAGCGUUGACCGCGUAACCACACACAUUGAUAUCGCCCCCACACUGUUCGAGCUGGCUGGGGUUCCCUUGCGAGAGGACUUUGACGGGACUCCGAUGCCCGUAUCAACCAGCAAGAGGACCGAGUCAAUCCUGCACGAGCAUGUCACGGUUGAGUUUUGGGGCCAUGCCGUGCUUGAAGGCGAGUACGGCUCCAUCGGACCCGGAGGCUCCUCCAUGAUGGGAAACAACACCUACAAAUCCGCGAGAAUUCUCUCGGAGGAAUAUAACCUGUACUACUCCGUCUGGUGUGACGGCGACCACGAGCUGUACGAUCUCUCGACGGACCCCUACCAAAUGAACAACAUCUACGCCCAACAAGACUCUAUCAACCUCCUAAACAGACCUCUUUCCAGCGUGAUCGAUCGCAUCGACGCCCUCCUUCUCGUCUUGAAGUCCUGCAAGGGUAACACCUGCAUCCAGCCGUGGCGGGUCCUCCAUCCCGAUGGGUCUGUAGAGAGCCUCAAGGAUGCGCUGCAAGUGAAGUAUGAUUCCUUCUACACGAAUCAGCCGAAGGUGUCGUAUUCUGUGUGUGAACCAGGGUAUAUCAUUGCCGCUGAAGGUCCGCAGGUGGGAUUUCAGUAUAGAGAUGGACUGAGUUGGGAGGCGUGGACUUGAUGAUACGACGGAGUAUAGAUAUGAGUUAUGAGCGAUAUUGUUAUGUAUAUAUUUAGAUGGGUUAUUUGUAUACCAUGAUGAAAAUCACAGAGUCAUGAAAAUGAAUGCAUGACAUGGGACGAGUGUAGAUCACGAUAGUCAGUCAGUCUUAGUAGGCGAAAUGGGCGGAUG